GACAGUGGAGUCAGUGCAGCUUUCUCUUUUUCUAACACGUUCGGACUGUGGAACCUCUAAAAGUGAUCAUUUUAUUUCUACAUCGAUUCGAGGAAACUGAUGAUGAUUGAGGUUUGUGGUCUCUUCGGCGAAGAAAUCUCGUCUCUAAAAAUGAAGGAUGAAGCUGCUGCUUCCAGCUAAACUACUUUCCGGACUACUAAUGAUCACUAGUGUUACUGGAAGAUUGACGUCCAUGAAAAUCUUGAGGUAGAAACCUUGGAGUGUAACACCUUUCCAAAAGGGGGGUUGUUGUGGUUAUAGAGGCUGUGUAGGUAGCCGUGCAACAGCAGCAUCUUAAAACCUCUUCUCAUAACUUCUUGCCCAGCAUGUUGCCUCCGCGCCGACCCGUAAUGUUUUGGACCUCUGUUGAUCUCCAGAAUACUGAGACCAGACACUGGACUUCAGGAACAGCCCAGACUACAACAAACACUUGGAGAUCACUUUACACAAGAUACACCAUGGAGGUUGUACGGGCGUGGUUUGGUCGUGCUGGCGUAGGAGCCUGGCGGUCACGGAAGCAGGUGGUGUGGGCAGCCUGUGUUUUAGUCACUGUAGGGGUGGUUUAUUUACAGUAUGCACCUGGUGAGCCAGUAGAUCACCCAAAUGCACCUAGACACCGUGCAUUGAACACUUUAUAUUCAUCUCAUGAAAGGGAUAGCCAGAGUCCAUCACGUGACACUGGUAUACAUAUACAGCAUGUGAAGUUUGUAACAGGAGAAGAUGUUAGACAUCCAGGUGCUUGGUCUAACCAUAUUGAUGGGCAAGAGGCACAGAAUGGCAUACAAAAGGAAUGGAAUCAAAAUGAAAAUGUUAUAAAGUAUGAAACUCUUCCCCCCGAUCCAAAUGCUCUGCAACAUCGGCGUGCCGUUGAAGUUCUGCAGCAACGUGUUGCUGAACGUAAGGCACAAGAGCAGCAGCAGCAGCAGCAGCAGCAUCAUGAGAUCCAUGAACCUGCUGGUGCUGUAGUAAUACCUCAGCAAGACCUUGGGGCACCUGGAGGAUGGGGUGGAGUACAAUACAGGUAUAACCCAUAUGGAGAACCAGUUUAUGGUCGCACAGAUAGACCUAAUUACAUACCCACUCAUCGAUUAGUUCAUUUCGACUUAAAAGGUGCCCCUCCUAAAAUGUCUGCUCUUUUACAGUUACUGCCAUGGCUAGCAGCACAAGGUGCCACUGCUGUCUUACUGGAAUAUGAAGACAUGUUUCCUUUCAAGGGUCGUUUGGCACCUCUUGCAGCAAAGAACCACUAUUCCAGGAAACAGAUAACAAACUUGGUAACUGCUUGCAGAAAUAAUGGUCUGGAAGUAAUCCCUCUGGUUCAAACUUUUGGCCAUUUGGAAUUUGCUCUGAAGCAUGAGAGGUUUUCACAUUUACGUGAGGUACCAGAGUUUCCCCAAGCUUUAUGCCCAUCUCUAAAUGAAUCACUGUGGCUUGUUAAUUCUAUCAUCGAUCAAGUGAUGGCAUUACACCCUGGAGUCCGCUACUUGCACAUUGGAUGUGAUGAAGUUUAUCACAUGGGAGAAUGUGAGAAGUGCCGUCUCAUCCUGAGGGAAACGCUAUUCUUACAUCAUGUAGAAGUGGUAGCACGGUAUGUGCGCAGAAAAUAUAAUGCAAUACCUCUUGUUUGGGAUGAUAUGUUGCGUCACAUAUCAGAAACUGCAAUGCAAGAAGCCCAUAUGGGAGAACUUGUUGAACCUAUGGUAUGGGUAUAUGCUGAAGAUGUUUACAGGUUUGUACAACCAUCUGUUUGGACUAAAUAUGGUCAAGUAUUUUCGCAAAUUUGGGCAGCUUCUGCAUUCAAAGGUGCAUUUGGUGAACAGCUUACAGUACCAAAUGUUAGAAGACAUUUAGACAAUAAUCUUAAUUGGCUAGAUGUAAUGGCCAGUGAAGCAGUCAAGUUUACAGGUGGAUUCAGAGGUAUUGUUUUAACAGGAUGGCAGCGAUAUGAUCAUUUUGCAGUUUUAUGCGAGCUCCUGCCUGCAGCACUCCCAUCACUUGCUGUUAAUCUCAUUGCAACUUCUCAUGGUUAUUUUAAUUCAUCGCUUCAGGGGCAGUUAUAUCAAGCUCUAAAUUGCAUGCAGACACCAAAAUAUCAGACAUGGAUUAAUUUAGAUACUGAUCCUUAUUUAUGGGAUAAAUUUUCAUGGUGUUUCUUCCCAGGUGCCCAAGUAUUUAAAGUAACAGCUAGGCUUGAUGCAACAAAGAGAGAUGUAGAUUCCUACAUUGAACGUGUAACAAGAAGUCGUGGAUGGAUCACAGAUUACAAUCGUCGACAUAAUUAUUCUUCCCCUAUGCGUGUAGAUGAAGACCUAGAAGAGCUACCUACACGCCUACAUUCUGUUACAUUGCUUCUAAAAACUGCUAGAGAAGCACUGAGUGAAUGGUUUGAUGAUUGGACUGUAGGUGAGUGGCUAGAGCAACAUGUGUGGCCAUUACUGAAGAACCUCAAUACAAUUCAGCGAGAGUCGGAGAGCAUGAAGGCUGUGAGGUACUGGCCAGCUCGGCCUUUACCACUGUUACCAGAGCUUGCUUCAUAUGGAGUCUCACAGCCAACCCCUAGUAGUUUAAGAAGUACAGGAGAUGAAGACACUGGAGGUGGUGGAACUUAACGAGGGUUUAUUGUAUUAUAGAGUUCUGAAUUGGCUUAGGUAGACCCUUUACCCUUCAUACUGAAGGAUGCUGGUCUUCCUGUGCAUGGUGAAAGACAUGCAGAUUGUGAAAAAGUAAAAGUAUUUAUUAUGAGUCUCAGGUGAGAAUCAUCUGAAUAUUUUAUAUGAAAAAUUACCUAAGUAUUGAAUAUGUGUGUUUGUAGUGACCUUAAUUGUAUACAGUGCAGUAUUGUAGAUGUGACAUGAGGAUGUGAAACUGCUGCCACCCUAACAAUAUGAAUGCAACAUUUUGAAUUCUUUCAGUUUUAACACCUUUUGAACUUCCUGUCAUCUUAUUCUUGCACUGAAGAUUUAAACUACAGCAUAAUUUAGUAAGAAUAAUUAAAGUUCCUAUUGUAAGUCAAUAUUUAUGCUUUAACGUUUGAAGUUUAUACACAUUCAAUUUUCUUCCCUGUAUGCAUGAUUGAAUGUAUGCCUUCUUAAUACGCACGUAUGUAAUGUAUGAUGUAUACAGCAUAUCUAAGUCACUCAUUUGAUGUUGUGAGGGUAGCAGCUUAUUGAUGAUGAGCAAUGUUAGGGAUGUUUCCAGGAUAUAGACUUAUAAGAAGUAAUAUUAACAGUUGAACAAUGAAAUUAAUGCAAGGGAGCAUUUAUGUGGUGUGAUAAAAGUUUAAUCUUUCUAGAUAGUGUCAAGUGGAGUGAUUUCUUAAGAAUGAAAAAUGCUUAGAAUCUGCAGGCAUGAUAAAAUUUCAUUUACUAUAUUAUUUUUCUUAUUGCCACACUUAGAGCCUCCGCACUCUCAUAAUCCGUGUGUGUAGAAGUCCUAUUAUACUUUUUGCUUUAAAUAUGUUUGAUGAAAUGUUUAUAGAACUUGAAUAUGGCAAAAUUCUUCAUUUCUAUACUCAAACUACUGUACCUAGCAUGAUUUCUAACAAAGAUUUCUCAAAAUUGUGAAUAUUUCACAUUGCUUUUUAGGAAAUGUAUAAUGAUGUAUUUUUCAAGAAAAUGACAAAAGUAAAAUUUAUACAAAAGUAAUCAUAAAGUUGAUCAUUGAGUAUACCCUAAAUAUUUUUAUAGAAUGUUUGCAACAAUUUUAUAUAUUACUGCACCAAGCAAAUGCCUUAGUCCUGGAUGCAUCUCUAAUAUGGCACUAGCUCAAAAAUGGCAAUCAUUGAAAACUUACCAAUAAAAAUAUCUAUCAGAAGUCAUUCCCACUGAUUUUCCCAGUUGACCAAAGUGUAUAGCAAUAGUGCAGACUUUCCAUCAUGUUUCCAACCUGUGUAGAUGAGUUUAAUGUUUUGGUUUGUUUGUAAAUGUAUAUAGUUGAUGGGAUUCAUUUGAAGUCUGUGACAUAAUCAUUAUAAUUAUCCUGCAGCAGGAUGCCAUAUUGUUGUGUGUAUAUGUGAAUGUGCUGUUCCCCAUUUGUUUGGGUUCGCACAUUCAUGGGGAUGUGUCAUUGCAGGAUUCACUAGAUUAUCUAGUUUGGUCCUGUUAAUCUCUAACUAGAUGUUAAUUGUUUUCCAGCAUUAGUAGGAUUUUCCAAAUUCUACAGCUUGGAAGGAAAGAGGAUUCAGAAACCUGCUUCAUGCUGUCUGAUUGUUAGGGCAUUCCUGUCAAAUGGCUCUCGGAUGUUGACAUUUAAAUUUUUUCUUGCUGUGGAUGAAGUUUUCUUUAUUGACUCUUAACAGCACUGAAGCUUGUAGAAAUGUUAAUUUCAUUAUUGUCAAUUUUUUUUAUUUUAUGUAUAUUUCAAAGCACAGCAGUAGUGUAUUGGUCAUGGUUUUUUUCCCCUGACAUAACCCUUCAAGUUGCUUUCAAAACUGGUAAUGCAAAGUUCAAACUGAACUUCUUUAAAAUUCAGCUAUGUUAUUGGUAUCUGUCAGUAUGAAUGCUGUCUGUCUUUUGUUUUGGAGGUUUUAUUUAACAGGAAGAGCCCUGAAAGCAAGUUUGUGACCCAGGCCUUUUCCUCAGAUACGAUAUUUGUGAAAUGGGAAGUUCUCUUUUUACAUCAUGUAUAUAGAAUUCAUAUAUUGUAAUAGUUUAUCAGUAUGUGCCUAGUUGUUUCCCUGAAGUAGGUUGUUCCUACUACAUAUCCCAGUUUUAUAAAGAUUGUUUUUCCAAGCUCGUUGGGGCAGUGAAAUUUUGGCCGAAGGUGAAUUGGACACUUGUUUAUAUGAGUCGAGAGAUCUUUGAGCUUAAGACUUCAGCCCUAUUACAAGUACAGUACUGAAUUUGUUGUGAAUGACUUGUGUGAUCCUAUGGCAUAAUGAUGCUAACUAGCAGUGAAGUAACUGUACUGAAGGUUUAAACAUUGCAGUUGCCCUACUCCUGUGUGUGACAUUUUGAUUUACAUAAUUUUUCUCCAUGUUUUGCAUAUGUUGCAGGUGGAAGGGAUUAAAGUUUGUUGUGAUGAGAAGUUUCCAUUCAUCUGUAUCAGAUUGGUUUACUGACUUGUGCACAGAGUUCAAUUUUCUGGUAGCCCAAAUGCUCUGAAAUGUUUUAAAAAGAAAAAGGCAUCAAAGCUUCAUAUACAUACAUAUUGUUGGUUGUUUUAUCAUGCACUUGUCAUCUAUUGGAUGCUGCUGUAGUAUCCUAAUUGGACUUUGACAUAAUCUACAUAUCACAUUAUUUUAAUAGUUACUGCCUCUCUCAGUGAUGCAGUGUAACUUGAAUUAAUCAAAGCAUUGUAAAUAAUUACUGUAAAAAAAUAUGAAGGGUCAUUUUAAAAGCAAAUCAUAUAUGGAGGAAUAAAAAGAGGAGCUUGAAUGCAGUGUUGUACAUAUUUCCAAAUUGGAUUUUAAUUAUGUUCACUACAACAAUUUUUAUCACUAAAAGAAAGAAUUUUAUUUUAAAACAAUUUUUUUUAUAAAUUAUAACAACCAAAUUCAUCAUUAUCCUGAAUUAACAUAAUUGGUAUAAAUGAAAGAAUUUACUUUGCUUGUUUAAACCAUUUACUUAAAUCGGUUUACUAGACACUCAAGCCAUGCUAGUCAUAUUCAUCAUGUAAUUUUAUUAUAUUUUUUUUUUUUUUUGUGGUUGAGUUUGUAUACCUACUAUGCAGUCAAAAGUGACUGAAAAUGUUGUGUGUUCACUAAAUAUAGUAUGGGAAGUAGCACAGUGAUGUUUGCAUUAGCAUAUUUCAACAAUGCAGUGCAUUUAUAGUACUGUUAUAUAUUCAACAAGAAAUUUUUUAGUUUUCAAAAGAGCUUUUGAUACAUGUCAUGUGAUCAUGAAUCUUUGACCUUAUUGAAACUUGGAUUGUGGAAACGUCCUGAGAAGGCGAGCAAAAUUCAUGAACUUAGUUUAAUGCAAAUUUUGUUUACAAAUUUAAUGAGACUGCUAUUAACAUUUGUUGAAAGGAGGCUAGGGUAAAUUUCCUUGAAAUAUUCUCAAGGUAAAUCAUGAUGUGGUAGAAAAGAAUAGUAUUAGUUUUAACACUAAUGAGUAGGAUUUUCAUAGUUUUAUUUAACAUAUUGUACAGAGUAUGAUUGUCAGUUUUUAUUUUUUGUAUUGUCACAUUGUAGCUGCAUUUUGUAAGUUUGAGCCACUUUUUCCUUAGUAAGUUGUUUGGCACUGUGAUAUUACCUUUUAUUUUUUAUUUAAUUUAAGCUUUAUAGAUGUCAGCCAGAGCAAGAUUUAGAAGAACAUGGAAAAGAUGAUACAGCAGAUUUCCUUAUUAGUUUUACCACAGUUCUACCAAUGUCAGUAUAAUGAAUUUACAGGCUGUAUUGGAACCUAUUAUUUAGAAACUUUUUCAAUGUAUAAUUCUCAAUAUUAUACCACCUAUACAAACCUUCAUCUUCUCUUAUUUGCUUUGUUUUAGGAGAGCUGCAGCUAAUUAUAUUGUGUAAUAACCAAACAAUUUAAAAACUUAAACUGCUAACCAUGUUUGCUUGCACAUUUGCGCUAACUCUAACUUGCCUGUUUGCCAAAUCGGAACAUAUAUUUUUGUAUUAUUUAUAUUUUCAUAUGUGGCAUGAAUGCAUUAUGAUUUGUCUGAUUUCAGGAUGAUUAUCUUUUGUUUCAUGAUCUGUACAGCCUUCCUCACUGUAAAUAAAGUAAAUACAGUAUG